GAGGACAGUCAUAAUAACCCUGUGCUGCAUACAGCUCAUCUACUCUGGAUUCACACACACUGUUUGUGUGAUUACAAAGGGAGACACAUCAUCCACUUUAUUAUUCAAACUAAAGGAGCAGACACACGCAGAAAGAAAUGGAUGACUUCUAUUACGACGAUGAGGACUCCAGCCUGAAUGACAGUUAUGAUUACAGCUUUGAACACAGUGUUUGUGAUAAAGAGGCGGUGCGAUCCUUUGGAAGUGUCUUCCUCCCGAUCAUCUACGCCAUUGCCCUGGUGGUCGGCCUGGCUGGGAAUGCCCUGGUUAUUGUGGUCUACGCGUCAAAAGUGCGACUACGAACCCUAACAGAUAUGUGCAUCCUCAACCUGGCCGUUUCCGAUGUGCUGCUCCUCUUCACCCUGCCUUUCUGGGCGGCUGAUGCCGUUCAUGGCUGGAGGCUGGGCUCGGCGGCCUGCAAGAUCACCUCCUUCCUCUACAGCACCAACUUCAGCUGCGGCAUGCUGCUGCUGGCGUGUAUCAGCGUGGAUCGCUACCGCGCUGUGGCCCAUAACCCGACAGGCAGAACAGGGAGCGGAGCCCGAACAAGGAAGCAGUGGCUCCUGGUGUGUUUGGUGUUGUGGGCUGUCGCCUGCUUCCUCGGCCUUCCUGAACUCGUCUUCUCCACAGUGAAGCACUCGCACCACAGGCUGGCGUGCACUGCCAUCUACCCGCCCAGCAUGGCCCGGCCUGCAAAGGCCGCCCUAGAGUUACUGGAGGUCACCCUGAGGUUCCUGCUCCCUUUCUUUGUCAUGGUGGUGUGCUACAGUCUGGUGGGGCGGGCACUGAGCAAGGCUGUUGGGGUGAGGAGAGACAGGAAGUGGCGUGCUCUGCGGGUCCUUCUUGCUGUGGUGGCUGUGUUCCUGCUCACACAGCUGCCCUACAAUGUGGUCAAGCUGUGCCGUGCUAUGGACAUCAUCUAUAUGCUGGUGACCGACUGUGAGGUCAGCAAAGGUCUGGAUCGUGCCCUUCAGGUGACUGAGAGCCUGGCGCUGGCACACGCCUGCAUCAACCCCCUCCUCUACGCCUUCAUCGGAUCCUCCUUCAGGGGACACGUGCUCAAAGUCGCCAAGCACCUUGGACAGCGACUUGGGAAACACCCCAGACACCCUAAAGAGGAGCCUGCAGUGGAGAUUGCACUCCAUAUGCACAAUCAAACGCAAUCACAGUCUGGUUCUGAAGACCAGGACACCAGCACCUUCACUAUCUAAGACUCAAACCAUGUAUCUGUUUUACUCUAAGCACCUACAAUACAAUAUUUGUUUAUGUACAAAAUUUACUAUUUUAAAGGCACAAAAUAGACUUUCAUAUCCAUAAAUACUGAUUGUAGUGUCAUAUAUAUUUAUGUACAGGACGUUUUUAUGCACCUAGUAAGCACAGUGUUUUGUAUAGAUGAUGUAUUUUGUUCAAUAAAAAGAAAAAUUUUGAAUAAUCAA